AUGGUCUACAUCAAGUCUAUCGCCAGCGGCGUCCUUCUCGCCUCGACCGCCGCGUCGGCGUAUUCGGUCAUUGGACGUCGCCAGAAUGCGACUGGCCUCAACAGCGCGUUCGUCGCUCACGGCAAGAAGUACUGGGGUACUUGCGGUGACCAGGGCACGCUGUCGGAGAGCGCCAACGUGGACGUCAUCAAGGCCAACUUUGGCCAGAUCACCCCGGAGAACAGCAUGAAGUGGGAUGCCACUGAGCCCUCUCAGGGAAGCUUCAGCUUCGACGGCUCGGACUACCUGGUGAACUUUGCUCAGGAGAACAACCUCCUCAUCCGUGGUCACACUCUGGUGUGGCACUCUCAGCUCCCCUCGUGGGUGCAGAGCAUCACCGACAAGGAUACCCUGACCGACGUGCUGAAGAACCACAUCACCACCGUGAUGACCCAGUACAAGGGCAAGAUCUACGCCUGGGAUGUGGUCAACGAGGUUCUCAACGAGGACGGCACUCUCCGCUCCGACGUCUUCUACGAUGUCCUCGGAGAGGACUACAUCCGGAUCGCCUUCGAGACCGCCCGUGAGGUCGACCCCGAUGCGAAGCUGUACAUCAACGACUACAACUUGGACGAUGCCAACUACUCCAAGACCCAGGGUAUGGUGAGCCUGGUGAAGAAGUGGCUUGAUGCUGGUGUCCCGAUCGACGGCAUUGGCUCGCAGUCGCAUCUUGGGUUGCCAACGCCUGCCUCAACGUCGAGGCUUGUGUCGGUAUCACCUCCUGGGGAGUCUCCGACAAGCGAGAGCCCCCUGCUGUUCGACUCCAGCUUCCAGCCCAAGGAGGCCUUCACUGCCGUCCUGAACGCUCUUUAA